AUGUCAAAUACAUUUCGGCGAUUUGUUUCUGGAGCCGUUCAGACGGCGAUUUGGAAGAGCGAUCCCUCAACUACGCAAGCUCAAAUCGUACCUCAAUCCGAAGCUCUCCCGCUCGUAUUCAGGAGUCUCUUCUAUGUGAAAAAAACGAAGGUUCUCGAGUCGCACAAAUGGCUCACCGUGCCAGCGGAUGCAUUCAUCCUCGACUUGGAGGACUCAGUCGCGGCGGGGGACAAGGCAAGAGUGAGACGAGAGAUUCAAUCCGUUCUCCCCACACUCCCCGGUCCGCAAAAAGUGUUGAUACGCCUCAACAAUCCUUCAAACUCUCCAAGAGAUUGGGUGGAAGAUCUGCGGACGGCGCAUCCAAGACUUCUCGGUUUCAUCGUGCCUAAGGCGUCGGUAGAAGACGUCGUCGCCUGCGACCAUGCACUCGAUGCAGUAGAGUCCGAGAGGGGACUCGAGAGCCGCUCUCUCAAACUUUUCCCUAUGCUUGAGAAUGCGAGAGGCAUCGAAGACGCUGCCUGCAUCGCGAGAGCGUCAAGGAGAAAUGCGGCACUAAUGCUUGGUCGCUAUGAUCUGCAACGCUCUCUCGGCUGCUCCCAGGAAUCGCCCGUGCUUGAGCUCGCCUAUCAAGAGGUGGUUUUGGCGGCUCGAGGUGCGGGACUUUUGGCGAUAGGAAGUGUGAAUUGCGAUCUCAAAAACCACAAUCUUUAUGAGGAGGAGUGUCGACGAUACUUUGAGACUGGCUUCUCAGGACGCUCUGUUCUGACAUCAGCACAAGCAGUGAUUGCUAAUCGCGAGUUCACCGUUGCUGAUGACACGAGUAAUGUUUCUGAAGCCGCCAAGUUCCUAGCCAAUGGAAACACGCUGCAAGUGACCCAAAAGAAGUCGUUGUUUGGCCCACCACACUUGAAACGUGCAAAAGAUCUACGCGCCAUUUUCGAGGCUCAAGCCUCUUUUGAUCGACUAAAAUCAAGCGACGCAAAGGCGAAAACAACACAUCCAAUCCUGUUGAGUCCUCGCGAGGGUGUGGACAUUCGCGUCGGGAAAUGGAAACAUUCACCAUUCUGCGCUUCUUUCACUGAAGGACUUCUAUCAAUUUGGGAGCAAAACUUCAUCGCUAAUUCCACUUUGACUUCGCCGCUGCACAUUGAUAAGGUUUGGGGACUUGGCGAGACAGCCCAUGUGCCAUUCUCUCUCCUCUUCAACAUGGCCAUGUCGCUCUCUGUCAUCGUCUUUUCCUACCCGGCCAAGGCACAUUUGGAGCUUGUGGCAACUCGACAGGUGCGACCGAUCAAAGUUGGCGAGAAGCUGGGCAACCGUGUUCGUCUGCUCUCCGUCGAAAAUAAGCCUAAUCUCGGGCAGAUUGCCGUUAGUGAGCAUCAAUUGAUCGAUUCCUCCGACACACCAGUAUUCACCGUCAUCAAGAAGACACUUUUCCCCGAAAACACUUUUGCUGAAGCCGAAAGUAUUGUGAUAUCUGAGGCGUCAUUGGUGAACCCACUUGAAAGCGAAAUUGACGACGCUAGUCCUUCUGUCAGUCUUGUUCCCUCAAAACCGCUAAACGAAAGAGAGCUUUAUGUGCACGAGUUGGUGAAAGCUUUUGGGCCUCACGAUGCCGUCACAUUGUCCUACCUUUUGAAAGGCGUCAAUCCACUCCAUGUAAACUCGCACCAGUUCUCAAAAACAGAACUCUUGCUGUCGGGUCCUUGUGUGGUGGCCGGCGUCAUAGCAAACACCGCUCUUGACUUUGGGGACGUGCUUUCCGAUCAGCUUCUCUCCGUGACUCAACUCAACAAAACGAACAAUGGGGACGUGAUCAGCACAGUCUCAAAAGUCGUCCGAGUGGAGGAUGUUGGAAAAGACAAAGAAAAAGUGACACUGAGGAUUCUUGGAAUGAGAAAUAUGUCUCCGACGCAACUAGCCGCAACGCCACUGCCCGACGAGCUUUUUGAUGAGGAAAUGAGACCGGCGCAAGCCGAAAAGAUUUGCGAGGCUCGAUGCCCUUCGCUUUUCCACAGAAUCGUCGUGCACGGGACGAGGACGUUCUUGAGGAUCAAACCAUUG